CUCACCUUGCGGCCAGCUGCUUGCGUGCCUCUCCAGCCACUUCACUGGCCGCGCGCGAGCUCCUCUGCGCGCUCAGCCGUUCUUCCCUGCAGUGCCCCUGCGCAAGCUUCGGUGCCUUCUCCGUCGCCCCCCGUGGAAGCCUGCUCGCCCAGCUCUGUUGCCGCGCCCAUGGCCGGUGCUCCCUGCUCGAUUCCGUUUGUCGCGCCCUGCGCUCGUCGCGGUGCUCCAGCUCGGAUUCAGUCCUGCGCGUAGCCGCUUUUCAUCUCCCUGCUCAGCUCGUCGUGCCGAACUGCCCAGCGCCGCGCGCCCGGCUCGGCCGUCUCUAGCUCGCCUUGCUCCCUGCUGCUCGCCCGGUCGAGCUCCCUGACCGUCGCGCCGCGAAUUUUUCUGCGCGCGCGUGUCUCCUUGCGCACGCGUCGCCGUCGAGUUCUAUGGUGUUUGCGCGCCGUGAUCUGCAGCUUGUCUGCUCCAGCUCCAGCUCGCUGCGCGCUGAGCUCAGCGUCCCUUGUUAUCCCCAUGGCACAUCCGGCUCUGUUGCUGCCCGCCAGAGUUUGCCGAUGGCCUAUGUCGCUCCUGCGCGCUGUGGUCGUGUGCAACUCGUGCACAGCUCGCGGAGCUUUUUCCUCGUCGGCCGACCUCGCAACUUAGUUCGUCCGUCGUGCUGGUCGCUGUCUCAUACUGUACCUAUUAGCUCGGAUCCUGCCCAGCUCGUCGUCGCGUCGUUUGCUAUCGAGUCGUCAAACACGUCAUCUCCUGCUCAACCCUAUCUCGCCAGCUCGCUCCAGACAUAAUCUCGUCGUCGUUCCGCGCGUCAGCAAGAAAUCUCAAGAGUCGGGUGAAGACGGAGCUAGCAGCGUGGUGUUCGCCGAGUGCGCGACAAAAAGUUCGUGUGACACCUGCCAAGCACUCGCAAAUUGUUGGAAUCGGAAAAAUCACUAUCGAUCUCGCGGAUUCAAGUCAGAUAUUAGAACGGUGAGCUGAUUUGCUAUUUUUAUUGACUGGUUUGAUAGAUGAAUUGAUAGGUAUGUAUGCCGCGACGAUUAUUCCGCUUGUACACUACACGACGGUUCACUUACAGCGACCUACGGUUGGUUGCUAAAACGGCCUUCAGCGACCUACGGUUGGUCGCUAAAAACUUUUAGCGACCCAUAAGGAUGGUCGCUGUAAGUGCCGUCGCUAAAGGCUUUAGCGACCGACAUCUUUUUAGCGACCGACCGUCCGUUGCUAAUAUUGUAUAUUUAGCGACCAACCGUGGGUUGCUGUACUAUAGAUUUAGCAACCAACUGUAAGUCGGCAUACU